AACAAAAAGUCAGAUCAGAAGUCCCUGUCCACCAAGAAAUUUCUCUUCAAUAUAAAGGUCAAUAAUAAUAACCCACUAAAAUAUUUAAGCAUUUUCUCUCCACUGCCACACUUCAAUUCCACAAUUGGGGUAAUUUAAAGGGUGGUUGGUAAGGAGGUAGAAAAAUCAACCCCUUUUUCUCUCUAUCUCCAUACUCUUCAUUAGAAUGGCAUCAGAUCGUAAAGUUCAUACCUUUGAGGAGGUUUCAAAGCACAACAGUAAUAAGGAUUGUUGGUUGAUUAUCUCUGGAAAGGUCUAUGAUGUAAGUCCAUUCAUGGAUGAUCACCCUGGUGGUGAUGAAGUUCUUCUGUCUGCUACUGGUAAAGAUGCAACCAAUGAUUUUGAAGAUGUCGGCCACAGUGACUCCGCCCGAGAAAUGAUGGACAAGUACUACAUUGGAGAAGUCGAUGUAUCAACCGUCCCACUAAAACGCUCAUAUGUUCCACCACAGCAGGCCCAUUACAAUCAUGACAAGACUUCCGAAUUCAUUAUUAAGAUCUUACAGUUCGUGGUGCCCCUUCUUAUCUUGGGGUUGGCUUUUGUGGUUCGGCACUAUACCAAGAAGGAGGAUUAGAGAAUAGUUAUCUACAAAGCUCAAUUAGGUAUUCAGAAGUUUCAGUUCUUGGAGAAGUGACCAGUUCCACAAAUUCUAUUAACUGUGUCAUGUCUGAAAGUCAUGUUCUAGCUUCUAUCAUUGCUAUAUUGCUAUGUUUUUGAGUUUCUUAAGGGGUUAUUAUUCUACUGCUCAUUUGGAUAAUUCUAUGUGGCAGACCUUCGUUAAGAACUUUAAUGUUGUGUUCUUGCUUUGUAGUAUUAUUUUUUCUGAUGA